UUUCUGAAGCUGGAGAACAGCCCAGGUCAAAAUAUUGAUAUGAGGUCACCCAAAAGACUCUGCACUGAGUAUCGAAGCUUGUUGGUGGAGCGAAAUCCCUUCACCUCACCUGUAAAGGAUCGACUUUUGGCUCUCAAUCAUUUGAAAGGAAAACCUCCCCUACCUGCUUUGCAGUCUGCAUUUGCAAGCCCUACGAGACCAAAUCCUGGUGGUGGAGGAGAAACUUGCGCAGAAACAGUUCUCGGUGUAUUCUUUAGCAAGAUUUCAAAGCUGGCUGCUGUAAGAAUUAGUGGCAUGGUUGAACGUCUACAGCUUUCCCAGCAAAUAAGGGAGACUGUGUAUCAUCUUUUCCAAAAAAUUCUUACUCAACAGACUAUGCUGUUCUUCAACCGCCAUAUUGACCAGAUUAUUCUUUGCUGUUUCUAUGGUAUUGGCAAGAUUUCCCAGCUUAACCUAACCUUCAAGGAAAUAAUAUGCAACUACCGAAAGCAACCACAUUGCAAAACACAUGUUUUUCAAAAUGUUUUUGUUGAUUUGGCGUCAGCACAGCGCAAUGGGAAAACUGGUACUGAACGCGUUGAUAUUGUAUCAUUUUACAAUGGAGUUUUUAUUCCUGCUGUUAAACCGCUUCUGAUUGAGCUUGGGCCUACUGGAGCAUCUCAACAGAAUAACAACAAUGCAGGAUCUAAGGAUAGUAACAAUGGUCAAUCUCCUGUAUCACCCAAGACAUCCCCUUUUCCAAGUCUACCUGAUAUGUCUCCUAAGAAAGUAUCUGCUGCUCAUAAUGUUUAUGUCUCCCCGCUCCGAUCUUCAAAGAUGGAUGCUCUAAUAUCACACAGUUCUAAAAGCUAUUACGCUUGUGUAGGUGAAAGUACUCAUGCUUACCAAAGCCCUUCAAAGGACCUGACAGCCAUCAAUAACCAUUUAAACAGCAGCAGAAAGUUUAGGGGUGCACUCAAUUUUGACAACAUGGAUGUUGGAUUGGUGAGCGACUCUCUUGUAGCAAAUAGCCUUCUUCUGCAAAAUGGAAGCUGCGGAUCUUCAUCUUCUCCACCUGUUAAAUGUGAGCCGCCAGAUUCAUGAGUCUCUACUCUCUGCCUGCAUAAUUCCCAUGUAAAUGUUUUUUUUCCUUCUUAGUUUAGUUCUUUGCCAUGCUAUAUUCUUCUUUUUAAAGGCAAUGGCAGUGUAAAGAGGGUUUAGGGCUUUUAUCACAUCUGCCUUCCAUAAAUACAUAAUUCCAUCUUUGCUUGUAAUCUCACUGUUGUAGGUUUUGUCUAAUACUCCACCUAAUCUAAUAAGUAAUAAAUAAUAAUAUGAGGUCGCCCUUGACUUAAAUAUUUAAUAGCUUAAUGAGAUAUAUACUACUAAGAGGCACUUGAUCUGUAGUGUGCUGUGUGCCUGAGCACGGAAUGAAUAUCAUAUAUUAAUAUAUAAAAAAGGAAGAGAAAAAAACCCAUUUCCCACCUACAAACACAGGUGAAAAUUCGGGCAAAAUGGGUCCAAGCGUGUUUUUUGUUGUUUGAGAAUUUUAAAGGUUCAUUUGAUCCAGUUUAUAAUAAGAUGUUCAAAAGUGUAACUGAACAUAAUUUAAACCAUUGUUCCACGAGAAGGUCAAUGUCAUCUGAAAAAAGUAUGACACCCAUCUCUAAGGGUCAUCGAAGGCCUGUCGGAUAGGGGUGGACCUGGCCGGGUCUGGGUCGGGCCUAGGCUCGGGCGGGCCGGCGGUUCAGGAAUGGUGGACCCGGGACCGGCACGGGUAGCCACCAGGUCCGGUCCGGGCCGGGCCAACCGACCCUGAACCGGACCGGCCCGCUACUGUGCGGGCCCGGACCGGCCCGGUGAGCCGGUUGGUUGCCCGGUUUGGGCCACCCAGCCCGGUGGGAUGGCGGUUCGGGCUCGGGCCCUUCAAAAGGUGA